AUGAGCUACUACUACGGAAACUACUAUGGCGGCCUUGGCUAUGGCCUUGGAGGCUUUGGAGGCCUGGGCUACGGCUAUGGUUCCAGCUAUGGCCUUGGAGGCUAUGGUGGUUACGGCUAUGGCUACUCCCGUCCCUCUUUCUAUGGCAGAUACUGGUCCUCUGGGUUUUACUGA